AUGAUGACGCCAUCCUCUCAUGUGUUCCUAAUGCGGAACAUUCUACAUCACUACAACUGCCUCAAAAAUGCUGCUGUUAUGGACAACUUGAAGAAGUCACUUGGCCAGGAAGUAACACUAAAUUCUUAUGGUCAAGCAGUGUUAGGAACAACGGAGGAGUGCGGUGGGGAGCGGACAGGUAGGCUCAGGUGCAACGGAGAAACGGAGGAGUGGGACGGCCGCCCGCCAUGGAGUCUGGGAGAUUAUCGCAAAACAACGGAGAGUUUGAACAGGGUUGGGUACGCUAUCAUUAGCGUGGCUGCCAUCAGCUGGGAUGGAAGUGCGUUUCCAGAGACGGUAUUUCCAGAGGAAGCUGGGAUCCUACAGGUCUUCUGCAGGUCUUCUGUCUUUCUGAUGUUUGGACUCACCCGGCACCCAAAAAGGCUCAAGACCCGGAUCCAGGAGGCUGGUCCAGCUCUGAGGAAGAACAAGGACGGCUCUCACCGGGGGCCAGGGCCGGAGCCUGGAAUCCGGUCUGGUCUGGGCCUGAGACCCCUCUGGUUCCACCGGUCAAGGGGAAUUCUGUGUGGCAGAUUGUGGGCCAAAGGAGCCAUUCAGGCAGAGAUUUUUCACAGGAGUGAAGUAGGUAGUGUGAUAAGACGGACUGUGAUGGUCAGUCAGGACAACAUCCCAGCUGCCUCUGGAGAAAGGCCGAAGGACACCCUGGACAGCCCA